ACUUCGUCCUACCGAGAAUGGGGAAAGAAAACCUCUCCCAUGUUUAUAGUGAACUAGGCGUGCUCGAUCUUUUAAAGCUCCACCAUCCUUGAACGCAAUAAACCUAUUCAAUGAAAUUUGUUAUAAUGAACCGAUAAUAACAUAUUUUCUUUGCAAAUGUCUAGUUACCUUUACAAGAUUCAUUGCAAUACAUGAUUAAGAAUAGCAAGAAAUAGUCUCAGGGAACGACUUGAUGUUUGUUGAAUCAUUGAUGGAGAGACCUUUUUUUUAAUCUUUCUUUUUUAAUGCAUGUCUUGCGUGUUGCUUUCGGUUACUUUUUAUUUUGGCCCCGAGUAAUUAUCAUCUAGCCUAAGGUGUCCUAUAUCAACCCUAUUUCUUUUUUCUUUUCUUUUUUUUACUAUAAUUUAUUGUUUGGAAUCUUAAUUCAAUUACCCAUAUCCUUAACAAUAAUAUAUUCAUUAGACUGGUUCUCAAUCAUUAAUGCCAUAAAUUUUUCUAAAGCAAAAUUAAUCUCUGCUGGUUUUCUUUUAAGUGCAAUCAAGGGUGAUUUCUGAUUCAGUUCGAGUUCUUGCUAGGAGAUACUGAAUAUUUCUCUUUAGAGUUAUCUGAUUCUAGGCCUCUUUUUAUUUUACUUUUUCCCUUUAUUUGUUUGAAAGCAGUAAAUAACACAUUCUUUAAUGAAGGAUUCGAUUCAAGCAAGGCUUUACAGCUGCUAUAGAUGCAGAAACUUGGUGUCCUGUCACGAUGAUAUUAUCUCCAAGAGUUUCCAGGCAAGCAAUGGAAGAGCCUUUCUCUUCUCCCAUGCAAUGAACAUUAUUGUAGGAAGUAAAGAAGAUCGGCAGCUGAUCACUGGUCUCCACACAGUUGCUGAUGUCUACUGCUCUGAUUGUGGAGAGUUGCUGGGUUGGAAGUAUGAGAGAGCAUACGAGGAAUCACAGAAGUACAAGGAAGGGAAAUUCGUAUUCGAGAAGUUCAAGAUUGUCAAGGAAAAUUGGUAGCAAGUAUUUUCAUUUAGUAUCAUAUGGUGAAUCUACUUUGAUUGAUUGUUUAAUCUCUGAAUCAAACAAUACUGACAAGGAUUGAUUGAAAGCUGGCUUGUAAAUUGAAAUCCAAUCAAAAAAGCCAAGUGGAUAUUUGUCUUCUAAGUAAUUUCCAGGUAGCUUCCUGUAGUCUUUGGGUAUGAUACGUAAGAGCAUAUGCGCAAUGAGCACAAGUUUUUUGGCA